GCGGGAAAAAACGCCACCUCCCGGAGAGAAAAUAUUUUGGGAGAAGUUAACCUUAUCCCUCUCGCUUCGCCUCUUUCUCUCUGACUGUUCAGUGUUUUGUGCGCCACAGCACUGCAAACUUGACGGACGUAGGCUUCAUUGGGACUGUGGACCGAUAUCAUAGCCUACCUUAUUGUUGGACUCGUGGGACAUUCAUAACACUUUAGAGAUGAAGUAGUCAGAUUCAAAAACGAUUUUAGCAAUAUCGUAUUCUGUAAAAGGACGGUAUCCUUUGUCCUUUAAAAUCGGUUGUGUAUUUAGACUAAUCCUGCUCUGUUCGGAACUCAAUGUUGAAAUUCAACUUUCUCUUAUUCAAUAUCCCAGUCUGGACUAUCAGAAAUCAAGGUUGAUUUGUGGAUUAUCUGGACCAGAACUCACCGUAGCUGUUUGAAGGACCACAAUGGCUGGGUACUCUAGAGACCUGGUUCAAACCUUGCCUUGACAACACAGUUUACAAUUAAAUGUGAGAAAGGAACAACCAUCACAUAACUCUCAGCACCAAUCAGGUGUUUCUGGUCUUGUUGCGUAUUAAAUCAGACUUCAUCAGACAUCACCAUGCCUAUUCUCAAGCAGCUAACCUCGAACCAGUCCAAGCGUCGCUCCCGGGCCGACCUGACUGCGGAGAUGAUCAGCGCCCCUCUGGGGGACUUCAGACACACCAUGCAUGUGGGUCGUGGCGGGGACGCCUUCGGGGACACCUCUUUCCUAAGUACCCGGUCUGGGGAGCCCCCUAAAGAACAAGUUCCAGAGGUCCAGCAGAGCUCCCCUGGACCCAAACCAGGCCUGCUGUCCCGAACCUUCAGGAGCAGCAAGCGUUCCCAGUCGGUGAACCGCGGUGACAUGUACAAGAACAACUCAUUGGCGCCCCACGGUGGCUCGCCAAACUUUGUGAAGAAUGCCAUCUCCCUGCCCUACCUCAAUGACGAGGACGUGGUCAGGAUGGGCGGUGGUCAGCAGAUGCCCAAGAGCGUCUCCUCCAGCCCUCUGAAGAAGCUGCCCGAGGUCGAUGGAAUCAGAAAACCAGUCAACGGUGCCUCGGCCAUGGCGAUGCUGGAUCUGGAGUUUGACGAGCGUAACUUUGGAGAACUGACUGACCUGCCCCCAUCACAUCCUCGGGGUGGCGGGAUGAAGCACGCAGAGUCCAUCAUGUCAUUUCACAUUGACCUGGGACCCUCCAUGCUGGGGGACAUCCUCAGCGUCAUGGAAAAGAAGGGCUGGGAGGAAGAUGACCUGGGGUACGAGGAGGGGAAGGGCAGUGAGGGCCGUGGGUCACCCCCCUUUAGCCCUCCCACCACGGAGGAUGAGAUCGAGGACCAGGUGGAUCUACAGGCUCCAGUCAGGCCCCCACGCACCUAUCCUCAGCAGAAGGUCAUGGCCGACCCCCUCUACACCCCUCGCAGGAACUACCACCCCCACAGCCACCUGGACAGCUGCUCCGUGUCCUCCUCCGGCUCUGCCGCUCUUGAGGAGAAACCACUCCACCACCUGCAGGAGGGGGACACGGACAGCGCCAAGUACAGCUCUCGGGGGGCUGGAGGGGAGGACGAUAAAGACUUCUCCUUCAUGGACGAGGAUGAUGAUGAGAUCAGGGUGUAAAACAGAACAGGGCUGUAAUGUCACCACCACAGAAUGUGGUUAAUAAGGACACCAGAACGUGGUUUGUGAGGUCCCCGAAGGAGACAAUUAUUUUUCAUGAGUUUUGAUGCUAUAAUAAGUCUGGGAGGGGUUGGGAGCACGAUAAAGACUGGAAAAAUCCCCACAAAUGGAUCUAUCCUGAGAACUUAUAUACGGGAACAUCCUGUUCUGCUAUACCUCCUGGAUCAGGAAUACCCAUACACCAUCUGUUAUUUAACCUUAUUUACUCGUGUGUGUGUGUGUGUGUGUGUGUGUGUGUGUGUGUGUGUGUGUGUGUGUGUGUGUGUGUCCAACUGUCAAUGGAAACGAAAAUGCCUGUCCCAUGAGUCCAUUUCUCCAGCCCAUUACAGAAUUCCGUGUCGACCACUAACUCUCUCACACACACACACACACACACACUGCAACUCUGAGACACCAGUUAUUGGUUUGAGGGAUUCUUUUUUGUAGAACUAUGAUCUGUCAUUAUGAUGAUCUAAUCCCACAGUUCCAAUAUGUCAUUAAAGUGUGUUUCUCCUUAUAAGGGGAUCAACCCUUAUAUCCACUCAUAUUCAACAUGAACCAUAUCCCACCAUUGUCUUUCCAUUCAGAGGAUGUCCCUUCAUGGUUACCAUAGCUACAGUCCUGGCUACAGUACUAGGAUAUUCCUUAUUGCCCAUUAUUAGGUAAGGGAAAACCAACCAGCGCUCAUGACACUGAUUGUCACAUUCUUUGAAAGCAGACAUAUGGAGAUUGACAGAGGUCACAGAGGUCGACGCGUGAACUGUUGAUCACCCAGGAGGAGGUGUAAUGCGUGGGGUGUAGAGUCAUGUGAGGUCACGGACUGAACUGUAUAUUUCCCACACUGCUUUGGAGAAAGGAAGUGAAAUGUAUCCCAGCAUUCUUUGGGGCAUUGACUGGAUUGUAUGUGUAUGUGUGUGUUGAGUGAGGUGAGAUGCAGUUAAAAUAUUGGUUUUGUUCAUGUUCAAAGGGUAAAUACAGGUGGCUUCUCCUAUGUUUACUACAUACAGAAUUCAUCAGUUGGUCUUCAGGUUCUUCAUCAAUGGCACAACUUGGUUGUUCAUUAUUCCAACCAUUAGUCUGCUUUAUUGUACUCUUCACUAGACAUACUCUAUACAGCCAACACACUCUGAAGUCCUAAAUUAUCAGUUAGCUUGUUUCGUUUGUUAUCUAAUAACUACUUCUAAUAAGGGGUCGAUCAUAUUGUGCACUGUUUUAAGUCACCAUGUUGAUUGGAGGAAUUUAGUUAAAGGUUGGAUUUUGGUGAUCUUUAGUUGUUCUAAAGCCUAACGUACUAGCCUACUCAGUGAGCCAGCUUAAGCCUUAGCUUUGGAGUUGAUUAGGCUAGGUUUGGGUUUGGUGAGUGAGUCCAUGACACUUUAGCUUAGAUCAAUGGACUCAGUCAUAUAUCCCCUGCAAGCACUGCCAAGGUGUAGCAACAGCUCACUCCCUAAAACACUAACUAUUGUACACAACAAAUCUUUGUUUUGUUUCCAUGUAAAUGUUUUAAAUUAACUUGACUUAUUAUUAAAUACAAAAAAAUGAAAAUGUUGAAAAUAAAUGGCCUUUUUGUAGAAGCUUUCAUGACCAGUAGUGCUUUUAUUGUACAAAUGUUUAGAAACCGAUGGAAACAAAUACAUAACUCACAGGAGCAGAGAUGGUGGUUGUGAACAAGAGAAGUGACCGUAAUGUAGACUGUCAUAUCUAUGUGGUCAUCUCUUCCCCCGUACACACCCUAGGCUUGUAGGAUCAGGAGAAAGAGAGGAGUUUGAAGGGAGGAGGGUAUCAGUAAUAGGAGAACACUAGUUAUAAGUGACAAUAUUACCCUCCUCUCGCCAUUGUGCCACGCAGACCUGGCUACUGUAGGAGCAGAUUGAAUCAGCACACCCUCUGGCUUCCCUCUCAUUCAUAAACAUACUGUAGGAGCAGAUUGAAUCAGCACACCCUCUGGCUUCCCUCUCAUUCAUAAACCUACUGUAGGAGCAGAUUGAAUCAGCACACCCUCUGGCUUCCCUCCACCCUCUCAUUCAUAAACAUACUGUAGAAGUAUAUUCAAUCAGCACACCCUCUGGCUUCCCCCCACCCUCUCAUUCAUAAACAUACUGUAGGAGUAGAUUAAAUCAGCACACCCUCUGGCUUCCCCACCACCCUCUCAUUCAUAAACAUACUGUAGGAGUAGAUUAAAUCAGCACACCCUCUGGCUUCCCUCCACCCUGUCAUUCAUAAACAUACUGUAGGAGUAGAUUAAAUCAGCACACCCUCUGGCUUCCCUCCACCCUCUCAUUCAUAAACAUACUGUAGGAGUAGAUUGAAUCAGCACACCCUCUGGCUUCCCUCUCAUUCAUAAACUUACUGUAGGAGCAGAUUGAAUCAGCACACCCUCUGGCUUCCCUCCACCCUGUCAUUCAUAAACAUACUGUAGGAGUAGAUUCAAUCAGCACACCCUCUGGCUUCCCCCCACCCUCUCAUUCAUAAACAUACUGUAGGAGUAGAUUAAAUCAGCACACCCUCUGGCUUCCCUCCACCCUCUCAUUCAUAAACAUACUGUAGGAGUAGAUUAAAUCAGCACACCCUCUGGCUUCCCCCCCACCCUCUCAUUCAUAAACAUACUGUAGGAGUAGAUUAAAUCAGCACACCCUCUGGCUUCCCUCCACCCUGUCAUUCAUAAACAUACUGUAGGAGUAGAUUAAAUCAGCACACCCUCUGGCUUCCCUCCACCCUCUCAUUCAUAAACAUACUGUAGGAGUAGAUUAAAUCAGCACACUCUCUGGCUUCCCUCCACCCUGUCAUUCAUGAACUUAGUUGGCUGAUCGGUCGGUAACCAAACCAAUGACUUAUCCAUUCAUGAGUCAUAUGUUUGGGAAAGGAAAAGACAGGCGCGCCUGCUCCCUUUCCCUUUAGAUUCCUCCGACAGUAUUUGCAUCCCAAAUUGCACCCUAUUCCCUAUAUAGCGCACUACUUUUGACCAGGGCCCAUAAGGCUCUGGACAAAAGUAGUGCACUAUAUUGGGAAUAGGGUGCCAUUUAGGAUGAAUGAAGUGUGACUAUAGGUCCCCCUCCCUCUCAUUAAUUUGGUCAGAUAAAAAUCUAAUCUGUUAAAGUAAAGCAGGAAGUCCCUGCUCACACCUUCCUGGAUCCCUGAGUAUUGUCGCGUUCAAAACAACUGGGAAUCUCUGAACGAAGUCUGAUUGGGAAAAUAAUUUUGAACAGUCAUCCAAGUCGGAAACUUGGGCAUCUUUCUAAAACUGACUUUAUUUUCCGACCGGAAGAUCAUUGAUGUUGCGAUUUGACCUAGUUUUUUUCCUCAGAGUUCCCAGUUGUCAUAAUCUAUUGACUUCAUGCUUGACACAUUUGUGCCAUAUGUGACACUGGGGAUCACUGUUUUUGUUCCCUGUUAUGGUGUUGAUUGGUUGUUUGGAGGGGGGAACACAUUAUCCAAUGGUAUUAGGUCAGGGGAGGAACCUAAUGCCAGGCAGGAUGUGACAUCACUCAACCAUAUGUUCAUGCUAUGUAUGUUUGAGUUCCAUGUGUACAUGUCUGUAUUAAAGAGAGAUCGGUUCAGAGAUUAAAAUGACCAGGUGGAAAUGUGCCAAGUAUGUAUGUAAUCAUUCUCUGACAUGUCAUAUUGAGUCUUGAUGUCUGAGGGAAACAUUUACGGGCUACAGCAGUACAGGGAACAUAAAUCUCAGGCCUCUCACGCUGUUCAUUUGUAAAUGGGCCAAAUUUGGGAUUUCUUUGUUAUGUUCUUAUUGUUUUAAACUCAGUUGCUUGUUCCAUUGUUGUAGAAUAUGUCUAUGGAAAGUGGGUUAAACUGUUGCAAUCACUUAGCUGUUCUUCACCAAUGCUGGGACACUUUAUAAAGAACCUUUUAAUUUUCUAUCAAAGCACUCAUACCUGUCCACCCCCAUUUUAUUUGCUACUGAAGUGAAGUAGAUACAUACUAAUGGUGCCAUCCAUGAUGUGGGGGGGGGGGGAGAGUCAUACAAGGGGAAGGGAUUGUGAAAAAGAACUGGCUUAAAGGUUCAGCUGGAGAUUGUUUCAUUUUUUUCUGCUCUGUGGCUGGUUUUUAUGCCAGGUAUGUGCUACUUUUCUUUUUCUUUCUCAUUCUACUGUGUGUAUAUACUGAACAAAAAUAUAAAUGUAUGAAUGUAACAUGCAACAUGCAACAAGAGUUCUAGUUCAUGAGGAAAUCAGUCAGUUGAAUUAAGUUCAUUAGGCCCUAAUCUAUGGAUUUCAUGACUGCGAAGGUCAAAGAUACCUUAAAAAAAAUGGGCCUCAGUAUGGGCCGUCACAGUAUCGCUUUAAUUCAACUGUAGCUUAUGCCUGCCCAUACCAUAACCCCACCACCACCAUGGGGAACUCUGUUCACAAUGUUGACAUCAGCAAACCGCUCGCCUACACAACGCCAAACACGUGGUAUGCCGUUUUUGAGGCCGGUUGGACAUACUGCCCAAUUCUCUAAAACAACGUUGGAGAUGUCUUAUGGUAAACAAUUUAACAUUAAAUUAUCUGGCAACAGCUCUGGUGAACAUUCCUGCAGUCAGCAUGCUAAUUGCAUGCUUCCUCAAAACUUGAGACACAUGUGGCAUUGUGUUAUGUGCACAUUUCAGUGGCCUUUAAUUUUUCCCAGCACAAGGUGCAUCUGUGUAUUGAUCAGGCUGUUUAAUCAGCUUCUUGAUAUGCCACCCCUGUCAAGUGAAUGGAUUAUCUUGUCAAAUGAGAAAUGCUCACUAACAGGGAUGUUAACAAAUUUUUGCACAAAAUUGAGAGACAUUUUGUGCGUAUGGAACAUUUCUGGGAUCUUUUGUUUCAGCUCAUGAAACAUGGGACCAACACUUUACAUUUUGUGUUUAUGUUUUCGUUCAGUGUAUUUACCUCUCACACUUCCUCCUCUUUUGAAAUACCAGCUAUAUUUUUCAAUAAAAAGAAAGUUGGUCAUCUUUA